GUACGGAAUACUGGGAAAUUAGAUGUUUAUGCUUCGUUUAUUUAUAUGUACAACACUCCUUAUCUUUUAAAAUUCAUCACUACUAUUUAAAUCAUUGAAGGAUCGUAUUUGUUGAUAGUGCCUGAAUCUUCCAAAUCUAGUUACAGAUGAGGUGAACAAUGCUCGACUAUACGAUAUUUACCUUAGUGACAGUGAUCGUUUCCCUCGCUCUGAUAUGGAUGAAGCACAAAUUCUCCUACUGGAAGAACAGAAAGGUACCAACACCGAGCUUACGCCUGUUCUUGGAACAUUCCAAGAUGGGCAUACUCCAGCAGAACUCCUACGCUGACAGAGAUCUCAACAUGUACAGAUAUUUCAAGGAUAGAAAUCACAUGCAUGGUGGUACCUACUUUUACCACAUCCCAGUCUACAUACCCAUCGAUUUGAACCUCAUCAAACAUAUCCUGCAGAUCGACCAUCAGUGUUUUCAAGAUCGCGGUUUGUACGUUAACGAAAAGGGUGACCCUCUAAGUGCUCAUCUGUUCAGUUUGGGAGGUGAGAAAUGGAGAACGUUGAGAAAAAAGUUAACACCUACUUUCACCAGUGGAAAAAUGAGGAUGAUGUUCCAAACUAUCCAAGAUUGCACCUCAGAUCUUCAGAAGGCUAUGAUCGGCAAUAUUCAACCAGAGGUUGACGUCAAAAACUUGAUGGCUAGAUUUACAACUGACGUCAUAGGAAGCGUAGCCUUCGGCAUAAAAUGCAACAGUUUGGAAAAUCCGAAAUGCCAAUUCAGAGAAAUGGCCCAAACCGUUUUUCGCACUGAUUUCUUGGCGGCCCUCAAACACAGCGUACUCUACGCGUUCCCCGAAGUGAUGCAAUCGUUGAACGUCAAGAUCCUAAGUCCAGAAGCCAGCGAUUUCUUCUUGAACAUCAUAAAGAACACGGUGGACUUCAGAGAGAAAAACAAGGUGUUUAGGAGAGAUUUCAUGCAGCUCCUGAUCCACCUGAAGAACGGAGGGUCAAGAUUGACGGAUGCAGAAGAUAAAAACUCGACAGAGAAUAUGUCGAUAACCAUAGAUGAGGUGGCAGCGCAAGCUUUCAUUUUUUUCGAGGCUGGGUACGAAAGUUCAUCGAACACUAUGUCGUUUUGUCUUUACGAGCUUUCCUGCAAUUUGCACGUUCAAGAGAGGGCUAGAGAGGAGAUUUUUCGUGUCCUGGAUAAGUAUGGAGGCGUCUUGACUUACGACGCUGUCGAAGAGAUGAAAUAUUUGGAACAGGUGUUAUGUGAGACUCUCCGGAAGUAUCCACCACUAUCCAGUCUUUAUCGUAUUUGUACCGAGACUUAUCAGUUACCAGGCACUGAUGUAGUUUUAGAAAAGGGUACCAGGGUCUUGAUACCAACAUACGGUAUACAUCAUGAUCCUGAGUACUAUCUGGACCCUGAAAAGUUCGAUCCAGACAGAUUUGGUGCAGACAGAAGGGGUGCGAAGUUGGAUUGUACAUUCUUGCCUUUUGGAAUUGGUCCAAGGGUAUGCAUAGGUUUGCGUUUUGGAAAAUUACAGACGAAAGUUGGACUUAUCUCUCUGUUGAGGCAUUUCGAAUUCUCUUUGAGCGAGAGUACUACAGUGCCUCUUGAAUUUGACCCAGAAAGCUUCACUUUGUCUGCAAAGGGGAAGUUAUGGUUGAAAUACAAGAAGAUCGAUGACUACUCAGAGAUGAAUCGAUAGUAACAGAGAGAAACGAUGUACCUUGAAGAAUAUAGUAUUUAUUACAUUUUUUAAGUAUUUAUAUGUGUAUGAGAGAAUGUUAAAUUAUUUUAUACAAUUCAUGUAACAUUGAAAUAUAACCUUCUGCCAAAAUUUCAUUUAUUUUGAAAGA